AUCUGGUGAGAGCUGUGUAAUGAAUUAUCGAUGUGUUGAUGUUGGGUGCAAUGGACCAUGAGCGCUAGCACCCCGCAAUGCCACCCCGACCUGCCGAGGCAUCUCGGUGCAGUGUGGGGUCCGGGGUAAGGUAGCCAGGACCUUCCCACCCUGGCCCAGUGGCCAACUCGACGUUUGAUAAACCCGACAACCUGCCACCCCCCUAGCUCACCUAUCCUGGAUUACGAUUCUCAAGUGACACCUUCAACAAUAUCUCAUCACUUCAAGUCCAUACUCACAAAGAUAGGACCAGCUCCAAUUGCUUCAAAGAAAAGGACACAUAUAAGCCAUACAAUCUCAGCUCCCUACACAGACACGUCGCAUCACAUCACAAUGGCAAGCCCCGAGGACUCCGUCAUCUCCCUCGAGUACCGCGGCCGCGUCGCGCUGCUCACAAUCGACAACGACCGCAAGCUCAACGCCCUCGCGCAGCCGCAGUACUACGACCUCGCCCAGAAGCUCCGCGAGAUUGCCCUGCACGACGAGGUUUUCGUCACCGUCCUCACGGCCAAGGGACGCUACUUUUCUGCCGGCGCCGACGUAAGCAUCGCCCGCGCGUCUCCCUCAGGCCCAGAAGCCCACAAACACUGGCUGCAAUCCUUCGUCGCCUUCAACCUAAACAUCACCCAAGCCUUCUACACCCACCCCAAAAUCCUCGUCGUCGGCCUCAACGGGCCCGUCAUAGGCCUCUCCGCCGCCCUCGUCUCCUUUGCAGACUUCAUCUACGCCACGCCCUCCACCUUCCUCCUCACCCCCUUCUCGUCUCUGGGUCUCGUAGCCGAAGGCGGCGCCUCCCGCGCGCUGGUGCAGAGGCUGGGCAUCUCCAAGGCCAACGAGGCGCUGAUUAUGAGUAAGCGGAUUUCGGCGGAGGAGCUGCUGCAUACCGGGUUUGUGAAUAAGGUGUUUGAGACGGGGAAGGGGGAGGAUGCGAAAUUCAGAGAGUUGGUCCUGAAAGAGGUUGAUGAGAGGUUGGGGGAGCAUUUGAUUGGGGAUAGUUUGACGGGGAUUAAGGCGCUGAUUAGACGGCCGGAUAUGGAUGCGAUGGAUAAGCAGAAUUCGCAGGAGGUGUUUGCUGGGUUGGAGAGGUUUAUGAGGGGGAUUCCGCAGGAGGAGUUUAGGAAGAUUGCGAGUGGUGAGAAGAGGCAUAAGUUGUAAGGGGGAUGGUAUAGAGCUCUAGGUGCGGUGAAUGUCACCAGAUGUAUAGAUCGUCCGAAGAGAGAAAGAUAUAGUACACAUUCUUCAC